CCUCGGAACGAGACAGUCGUGUCGAUGGCGCGUACAAAGUGACAGGCAGUUAACGAUGAAUCAAAACUUUCAGAACACUCGAGUUAUGUGCUUUAAUUUCACUAAAAGUUUAUUUAUUGUGUAGUGCGGAUACAAACAAGUUUUUAUAAGCUACAUUUCAACUUGCAAGUAAUAUCUGAGCCGACCGGGACUUCGGUGGGUUGAAAUGCAAGCAUUCCUCGGCGUAUGUUGAACUUUACGUUUUUUUUUUCGGUGGCGCUUUUCAAUACGUUUCGAGUAUUUUAAAGCUUCGAACGUUUAUGUACUGUUUAUUGGUUAAAAUAUUAUCUCACGUAGUUACUUUGUUAUGGUGUUGAGUGACUUCUAAGUUAGUUCCAUUGAAGCUGAUUACCGAUACAUUCAAGGGUAAUCGUGCCAUUUGGAAUUUCAAGUGGGUUUUUUGACGACUAUACAAAGAAAGAGAUUCGCAGUUUGGAGUCCAAUCCUAACUUUUAAAGUUUCACUGCGCUGUCACUUGAGGAUAUAGCAACAAGGAAAAUACUGGCGUGAACUGAGGCUUAUAGAGAUUGCGUGGCUGACACUUGUGUGAUGUGCCGGCAACACCACAUGGAAGUGCUUUUGGAAGUCACCUGAUAUCGAAGUGCCCAGGACCUUGGGAGCUUGAAGGAUGAAGUUCUCAACGGGGUCGAGCUCCAGCAGUCUCGCCAGCGAUUCGCUGUCGAGGAAGUCAACUUUAUGCAUCUACACAGAAGUGGACACCACCUUGCCACCUCCUGUCGAAAGAAUGGAUAGCAGCUCAGAAGCGAUGGAGCUAAGACGGGAGCUGGACGCGGUGAGGAGCGCUCUACAGCAGCAAUCUGAAUCAGUCUUGAAACAGAGACACCAGUUAGUCGAAGCUAGUCAGGCACUCGCCGCGCGAGACAAAGAGGCUAUACAGGAAAGACGCCUCAGACAAGACCAGCUAGCGAUUGUGCUUCGAUCGUUAGUUUUGCUAGAAUCACGGCUGAGUAGAGAGAAAAAGCAAAUCAAUGUCUCACUGAAGCAAAAAGAAAAAAUAAUAAAGUCUCAACAGGAAGAAAUCGUGAAACUAAAAGCUCGGAAGUCAUAUUGCAGCAACUGCCAGCAAAUUCUCGGGUUUACUAGCGAACAAACCAACAUUGAAACAGAUCCAGAGUUUCAGAGCUUAGAGAGCACGGAUUCUAGAUUUCAAAACAGUUUUGUACGUAGUUGUAGCUAUCGGGAGAGAAAAGCAACACCGGCGUUCCAAAAGAAUACUAGGUUAAGUAAAAGCUUCCAAUUGCCGAAGAACGACAUUGUUUAUGGGAACUCUAGUUCUAGCGAAGAGGGAAAUACUGCAAGCGUGAGUAGCAAAGGAACCUUCAUUAAAAAUAAACAAGUAUUUGUCAGAAGAGAUGUAUUUAGGAGAUCUAGGAAAUACUCGGGAAGGAAGAGUAAUGGUAAGAACAAUGAUAAUUUACAAAAGAAUGUUUACAACAACCAAGUAAACAGCAGUAGCGCGGAAGAAUGUAUCAGUAUGCCUUUUCAAGUUAAUCACGAAGAUACCGACAUUACAGCUAACCAAAUAGCAAAUGACAUACGAAGAGCAUCAAUGAAAAUAGAUCAGCUGAUUGGAGAAGCUGCUAAGAAAGAUUCCGAAAAUACUCAAAGUGACUCAGAUAGAACUUACUCCACAAAAAUGGAAAGGAUCCGUGGAAUUAAAAGGCAAGCCUCUGAUGAAAUUAAAGCCAACCGGCAAAUCUUUCUUAGUAAAGUACUAAGUGACGAAGGUGAAGAAAAACCUUGGUAUUGCAAUGUAAGCGAUCCAGAACAAGAAAAUGACUGUCUAGACCAAAGAGUGUCGCUUAAUAAUGCACAAUCUAAAUCCACCGAUGAUAUUUUAAUGGUGGGUCUUAAAAAUGGAAUUCUUAAUGCUGAAGUUAUAUCAGCCAAAAAUGAAGUUCUUUGCAACAACAUACUUAAAAACAGUAUCAUUGAUAAAUUAAAUUCUAGUUUUGAUGAUAAGAAUAAUAACACACACGAUAAGGACAUAGCUGCUGCAGAAGUUAAUGAAAAUUGGUAUGCCAGUACUAGCGAUGCUGAUGAUACUCCGCCUAAUGAAAUAUAUAAAAAUAAUCCAGUAUUGGAAUGCGUUAAUCAGAUACUACUUCAAAAUUCUUUAGACGAUAGUAGCAAUGAUAAUUCCAAGUCAAGUGAAACGCCAAGUCCAAGUCCUAAGGCAACAACGAAGCGGGUGCAGUUUUCUACAUUAAACAGCAUCUCAUACGAUGAUAAGAUUCGAGCCAAUAUUGGUAAUAAUCAUACAUUACCAAGAUCAGACAAAAGAGCUAACAAGAUAGUCAAAUUCAGUCUAGAAACUGCUUCAGAGCAUAGUUACGAGGUACCUAACACUGCACAAGGCUUCCAAUAUGAGAUACAAAGCAUUUAUAGUAAUGAAUAUGAACCUAUAAUAACUAAAAGUGCGGAGCAGAAGCCUUCACCGGUUCCAAGAAUGGUUCUAAAUUCCGAAAGAUCAACUGUUCCUAAAAUAAAAGGCUCUAUAGUCAAAAAUAUUGCUGCAAAUAUUGAAAGUCGCCACCUUAUGAAUACAAUAGAUCCAAAAUUGGAUUCAAAUCUUGGUUCUAUGAAAAUAUUUAACAAACGAAAAGUGCCACGAACUCCUCCUGCACUGCCGCCUAAACCAAAGAAUUUGUCAGCUAAAUGGAAAGCUGAGAACUCUGUCAGACCAGCGAUAGAGCCAUUAGACUCUGACGCCGUUGCGGCUAAUCAACGGGUUGCAGAUGUUAAGACGAGAAACGUGGGGCAAGUGGCCACUUUAAAAAAUAUUGAACCGGACUACUGUUCCAUUUCUGAGAUAAAUGUUCCAGUAGUCAGUAAUGGUAAACGGGAAAUAUUACUAACGCAGCCAACAGUUGAGAUUCAUAAUGAACAGUACCCAAUUCACAUAACGAGUCAAAGGAACAGUGUGGCUAAGGUAGUAUCUUUGCCUAGAAUACAGAAUAAAAUAAGUGACAAGGACAUACCGAAACUUCCUCACGUCACUGAAAUCAUUAUUCCGGACGAAGAUGAGAAGCCGAACGAAGAACACCGUCCUUUUAAUCAAACGACUGAAAGUUACUUGGCAAAUUUUAGCAUGCAUGUACUACAACCAAAACUGGAUCCUAGAGGUUCAAUUCAAAUGGGAAAUACUGUAUCUUCAAUUCUCUCAGAGAUAAACAAAGGCGCUAAAACUGGGAGCAAACAGAUUAACUUGACGGAAUUGGAUAAUCAAUUCAAUCAAGUGCCUGCAAAAAACAUUCCGGAGCCCCGGAAAGCUGAAUAUUUAGACGAUAUAGACAAAUUUGAUCUGUCGCAAGAUUUUGAGGAAUUCAAAAUAGAUGAUGAACUAGGGAGUAUUGUAGCGGAGGAAUAUCGCAUAAGCUCUGGGAGCAGCGAUGGUUCAUUGUCUGACGUAGUGACAGAACAACUGACCGCAAUACCUGAAAAAAACGUUCAGCAUAAUGCAGGCAACAACAAUAAUAACAACGAAAACAGUGAUACAUUUCAUGAGUGUAACGAAAAUGUGAACAAAGUGCUGUCAAAAAACGCGAAGCUAUCCAAUAAACCUGAUCUCUUAUCGAAUAUAGAAAACGUUGAGACUGAAUCAGUUAGGAACUCUGAUAUUGAGUCCAGUAACUCCUCAGGGAGUAAUAGCGGAUCGUAUAAUACGGUUAAAUGCGAACCUAGAACGAUUCUUAAUAAUAAUGCCGAUGCAAAUUUGAAGAGAACUAAAGGAACUUUUGAUUUCUUCCUGGAGACGUCUGGUCUUAGUUCUAAAUCUAUAUUUUCGCCUAACAAAAACUACCUUGGUUUAAGGCCCCCUAGUGCCAAUCAUAAGAAUGUAUUGAAACCCAAGGACAUUAAAAUGAGAGUCAAAAAUCCCAUCGCAACGAACAAAAUCAACGAGAAACCUAUGACGACUGCAAUUAAAUAUUUUGAGCCUUAUGUAUAAACACAAUAAAUGUUAUUGUUUAAUGUACCUUUUAUUAUAAUUUACUUAUUAAUUUUAAUUUUAUUUAUUGUAAAAAAUAAAAAAAGACGAA